GAUCCCUCCCCCCUCAAGCCUGACCUAUGCCGGGGCGGUCAGACAUCGAUUGGCUUCCCAGCUGAUAGAUGGUGCGACUGAUAGAGUCCUCAGCUAACGAAUGUGUAAGGUGCUGAAAGAGUUGGGCACCGAAGCCCAACCCUGAGUAGAAUCUACGGGGCAGUAACAGCAGCAGGCUCCGCCGCAGCGGCAGCGGCAGCGGCAGCAACAGCAACAGCAACAGCAACAGGAGCGGGCGGCGGCAGCAGCGGCUGUAGCAGCAGCAGCAUGCGCCCUGACUGCCACACACCAGCUGCUGCUGCUGCCACAGCUGCCUGGAACACACUCUGAAGACUCUCCAGUCCAGAGGCAGGCUCCUUCCUAAUUAAUCUCAGCAGGCGGACGGCCCCCAUACUCCUAGUGGCUGCCAGGGAAUGAUGACUGCUCUUGCCAGACCAAGUUGAAGGAGUCCCGUCUCUGCCUAAGAGCUGGAAGAGGCAGGACUGUUGAGAAGAGGAAAGAGAGAGAGGAGAGAGAAAGAUGAAUUGAGGAGUAAACAUGUAUGGAAAUUACUCUCACUUCAUGAAGUUUCCUGCAGGCUUUGGCAGUUCUCUCAGUCACACUAACUCCACAUCUAUGAGCCCAUCACCAGCUGUGACCACAGGAAAAUCCACAGACAGUCACUCCAACUACAUUGAGGCUCCAGUCAGUGUUCCAAGGACACUUGCCUCCCCACUGAGUGCCAUUGGGUCUCCUUUGAAUGCUCUGGGUUCUUCAUAUCGAGUCAUUACAUCAGCCAUAGGACCUCACUCCUUAUCCCUGGCUACUUCUCCAGGUGUCAACAUGGUUGGUCCAGCCAGUUCUCAGCUCAAUGUCAUGAACAAUGUCAGGAGCUCAGAUGAUGUCAAGCCCUUGCCAGUGCUUCCAGGGAUGGGAACCAUGAGCUAUCCAUCCACUAGCCCAAGCUCCCUUGCCAAACAUAUCUGUGCCAUUUGUGGAGACAGAUCAUCAGGGAAGCACUAUGGGGUGUACAGUUGUGAAGGCUGUAAAGGGUUCUUCAAGAGGACCAUAAGGAAAGACCUCAUCUACACAUGCCGGGAUAACAAGGAUUGCCUCAUUGAUAAGCGCCAGCGUAACCGCUGCCAAUACUGUCGAUAUCAGAAGUGCCUUGUCAUGGGUAUGAAAAGGGAAGCUGUGCAAGAGGAGAGGCAGAGGAGUCGAGAGAGAGCUGAGAAUGAAGUGGAGUCCACCAGCAGUGGCCAUGAAGAUAUGCCCGUGGAGAGGAUCCUAGAAGCAGAACUUGCUGUUGAACCAAAGACUGAAUCCUAUGGUGACACAAACAUGGAGAACUCAACCAAUGAUCCUGUCACCAAUAUAUGCCAUGCUGCUGAUAAGCAACUCUUUACUCUUGUGGAAUGGGCCAAACGCAUCCCACACUUCUCUGACCUCACCUUGGAAGACCAAGUUAUUCUUCUUCGGGCAGGCUGGAAUGAAUUGCUGAUUGCCUCCUUCUCCCAUCGCUCCGUGUCUGUGCAGGAUGGAAUCCUCCUAGCCACUGGUUUACAUGUUCACAGAAGCAGUGCCCAUAGCGCUGGUGUUGGCUCUAUCUUUGACAGAGUGCUCACUGAGCUGGUUUCUAAAAUGAAAGACAUGCAGAUGGACAAAUCUGAGUUAGGCUGCCUGCGAGCCAUUGUCCUGUUUAACCCAGAUGCUAAAGGUCUUUCCAAUCCCUCUGAAGUGGAGGGUCUCCGAGAAAAGGUUUAUGCUACCCUUGAAGCAUACACCAAACAGAAAUACCCUGAUCAGCCUGGCAGAUUUGCCAAGCUCCUUCUUCGACUCCCAGCACUCCGGUCCAUCGGCUUGAAAUGUCUUGAACACCUCUUCUUCUUCAAGCUUAUUGGAGAUACACCCAUUGAUACUUUUCUCAUGGAGAUGCUGGAAACUCCCCUCCAGAUUACCUGAACCCAUCAGUUGUAGCCCAUCAUACCUGGGAACUCUCCAGGGUCCAGGAUCCUGUGAUCCCCCUCUUCUGCACAUCCUCCUCCCAGCCUCCCAACCUUGACCCUCUUCCCAUCCCUGUAAUGUGACAGACAGCUUGUAAUAAAGAAAGCCUUUUUACACA